UUAGUUAAAACUAAGUAAAGUGGAACUAUUGGUGGCGCUAAUUCUUGAUUCUGCUGCCGAGCAAAACUGUAAACAUCAGCUGGCGGACUGUUGCAUUUUUCUUGAAGUUUUCCUUUUUUCGGUUUAACAGUAGUUUAACAGAGUUUUCUCAAAAGAUCAACAUAAUUUUGGGCAGAAAAAUGGUUCGAAUUACGGAAAACCUGAUCCGCAAACGGGCAGAACAUAACAACAUGGAGAUCUCCACCCUUGAAGAAGUUUCCCUGCAUCAGCAGGACAUUGAACGAAUCGAGUAUUUGGACAAGUGGUGCAGAGAGCUAAAGAUUCUUUACCUUCAGAGCAACCUCAUCCCCAGGAUUGAAAAUGUCAGCAGGCUGAAGAAAUUGGAGUAUCUUAACCUGGCCCUUAAUAACGUUGAGAAGAUUGAAAACCUAGGAGGUUGCGAGACACUCAAGAAAUUGGACCUUACCAUUAACUUUGUGGGGGAGAUCACAAGUGUGGAGAGCCUAAGAGACAACUACAAUCUACGAGAGCUAUUUCUGACGGGAAAUCCUUGCACAAAGUUCAAAGGUUACAGAGAGUACGUCAUCGCAGUGCUACCACAGUUACAGUAUCUGGAUGGCAAAGAGAUUGAUAAGUCAGAGAGGAUUACAGCGAUGCAAGACUUGAAGAUGAUCAGACCCAAAAUCUUAGAAGAACAAGAAGACUACAGAAUCAAGAGAGAAAAGGAGAAGAAAGCUGCCAGUGGAGAGAAAGAGUCGACGGAUGAGAAUAAGAAAGGAAAAGGAUUUGAUGGCCGCUGGUAUACUGAUGUGAAUAAAGAGGACAACAAGAGUAAUGGACACGGUGAUGCAGAUGAGAAAGAAGUUGUUACCAUGGAAACCGAUGAGGAUAACAGCAGUUUUUGGCAAGAAGAGACGGAAUUUACACCUGAGUCUCGGAUUGCUGUCCACGACCACAUCAAGAAAACUAGAGAGAAGGAAGAACAAAAAUCGAAACCUACCCAUGAUGUACCAAAGAGGAAGAUACGACUGACAACGGAUGACGGAAAGUUCUUGAACAUCAACGAAGCAAAGAUGGACUUUGCACUGACUGAGGAUGAAGAAACCAACUGCCUCUGCCUGGACGUAGCGUGCUAUAAAUACCUAGACACCUCGCUCAUUGAUGUUGACGUACAACCAACGCAUGUUAAAGUUGUCGUCAAAGGAAAGGUGUUCCAGUUAGUAUUGACGGAGGAGAUCAUGCCAGACAGCAGUAAAGCUCAGCGAUCACAAACUACCGGCCAUCUUCUUAUUAGUAUGCCAAAGGUCAAGCAAGUCGUCAAAGCCCAAAAGGCAAAGAAACCCAUCAACAUUUCAACAAGAGGUGUGAAGAAAGAUGAGGGAAAGACGCAGAAGACAGACACUCAAGGAAGGACAAUUGGCGGCACUCUGGAGGUUGAUCCAUCAUCGGCAAAGAACGUUGACCUAAUGGUGACUAAGCAGCCUCGUCAACAUGGACCAUACGAAAGCAUGAAGAGGAAAGAGGUCGUGGCCAGACCGAACAGUGAGGAUUUCGUGGAUGACCCGGAUGUGCCUCCUUUGAUAUGAUGAAAAUAUUUUAUUUUAUUUUAUAUUUCUGGUGAUUAAACCAACGAUGCUUCAUAAGUGAACUUAAUCACUGUAGCUGGCGAGUAGCUUGCUAUGUGAGCCAGAAACACCAGGGUUAACCCCUACUCUUCCAUGAUAGGUGUAUGGGUUCUUUUACGCGCAUUCCAAUCGCAGUACGCUGAAUCUACCCCUCCAUUCCAUUCCUAGUAUAGACCUACAGCUUAUUGUCGCAUCCUAAGGACAAAGAAAUUAUGAUCAAGUAUCUUGCUCUUGAUCAGAAAUGUGAAAUUUUCUUUGAAAAGUAGUUUUCUUUUUGUGAAUCCAAAAAAGAGUAACCUCUGCUGCACAUGGUACUCAAGUGUAGAUUCCAUUUCAAUAUUCAGAAACAGUACAUCCGUCCAUAGAGUCGUUAAUUUUUAUAUACAUGUCAUUUUGAAAAAUGUAUGUUAUUGGGUUACAUACAGUUUGUGUUUCUCAUCUGCAGUUUUGUACAAGUUCACAUUUUUGUAUAGUUUUACUUUCUGUAUAUUUGCACUUCUUGUGUUUUCAAAAGAUUUGUACAAUAAAUUUGUCUACAUGUACUAAAUUAUGACAUUGUUAUUUUGUGUAUGUUAUGUACAUGUAUAGACCCGCUUGCAUACAAUGACGUUAGCUCAAACAGCGCCCUCGCCCAUUGCAAAGGAAGACCCAGACUGAAAGUUGUGCGUGGCACAUAAUGCGCUUGCACAUUUCCAUUGUUUGACCUGGCGGCCUACUCAAGGGGUUAUGUGCUUAAAUGUGAAAAAUUUUCUUGCAAUACCUUUACAUAAUGUACAUAAACUGCAUGCAAAUGGAAGACACAAAAAAAGCCUAAAUUAGUGUUAGUUAAAGGAUGCGCAUCUUUAUGUUACAAUGAACAAAUGUAUUUGCCAAUUUUUGUCAACAUAAUUUUGUUUAUUGAAAAGUAAAAAUAACGCCCACGCUCAUUCAACCAAUUAAGGGCGUGCAUUGUUAACGUUCUCGUUGUCGUUCUCGUUGAAUCCAAAGAACAUUCCAUAAGCGCUGUUUUGUUUGUAGCGGCGAGUACACACAAUGUUUGCAACACAUAAAUCGACACCCAAACAAUACGCCUUGUAGAAUUGUGUCAAUGUCUUGGUUCUAUCACAAUCAGAGAAGGGACAGCAGAACAAAGGAACACAAAAAAAGGAACAAACCUGUCUUUGUGUGGUUUAGCUGAUGAAACAAAGGAAAGAAAUGUCCUCACAUCAAUGGAUAACAAAGUCAGAGAAAACACUUUUUUCUUACAUUUUUCAGGCUUUUCUUUAUUACAAAAAUCCAUGCAUUGCUGACAAAUAUAUUAAAUGAACGUUAUUAAUAGACACUUUAUUCACACAGUAUUUACAUAUAUUCAAUCAUCAGAGAGAAGUGCUUAUUUAUUUUUAAAAAACCUAAGUCCAUACAGGCAUGCAUGUAGAAUUUGACCAUAACUAUUUGAUGGAAGAUUUUUCUGUGCUGCUAAACUAAAAGAUAAAAUGUUGAAUGCUUUUGAUAAAAUACCCCAUACCGUUUGUAUGUGUUUUUUUUCUGUGUAAAGGACUAGGCUUGGGAAAAGCCAUGGUCUCUCCUAAUUUGCAUCUUACCCAAAAAAAUUGUUUGCCUGUUUAAAAAUAUUUUAGAAGACAGUUCGUUGGGCACUAUUGCGUCUUUGUUAUUAAAACAUUAGUUGGAAGUGGUCGGUUAAAAAUAACAAAUAUGAGUUAUAAAACCCCCCCCCAAGUUACCAUUUCCUAAAAGUGCAUAAAUUCCCCAAAUAAUUGUUAAAAAGGCAAUCGUAUUUAAACGUAUAAUUCAAAAAAUGACACUUAAAGUCAAUUGCUAUACAAACCAGGGCUUGUGUGCCAUACUUAAAAUUGGACGGAAUUUAAAGGGACGGAAUACAGCUGUAUUUCUCAGCUGUUUAUUAUGUUAACAUUACAAAUUACAACUUCACAUGAUCACUUUAGUAUUACUGAAAAAACCUUUUAAAAAUGGUCUCACCCCCUAACACAGUGAAAAUAUAAUCCUCUAACUUGGUCAGAAUAAAUUUUGUUGUGGGAUAGUUUGAGAAGUGAUGAAUAGAAAGUACUAUUUUAUACUGGAAGAACCCAAAUUGUUACUGCAAACCAGGAAGUCAGCGAGUCUUUUAAUGGAGUUUUAACUUAAAAUGUUUUAACCAAGUAAAGGCCCGGUCCCACUGCAGCGAUAACGAGAACGAUAA